CAAGGGGGGCAUGAGCCUAGAUCGGCUGCCGGAGGGGCUCCGGCCCCCCCCGCCGCCGCCGCAUGACAUGGGGCCCGCCUUCCACCUGGCCCGCGCCGCCGACCCCCGCGAGCCGCUCGAGAACUCGGCCAGCGAGUCGUCUGACACGGAGCUGCCAGAGAAGGAGCGCGGAGGAGAACCCAAGGGGCCCGAGGACAGUGGCGCGGGCGGCGCGGGCUGCGGCGGCGCGGAGGACCCAGCCAAGAAAAAGAAGCAGCGGCGGCAACGCACACACUUCACGAGCCAGCAGUUGCAAGAGCUGGAGGCCACGUUCCAGAGGAACCGCUACCCCGACAUGAGCAUGAGGGAGGAGAUCGCUGUGUGGACCAACCUCACCGAGCCGCGCGUACGGGUCUGGUUCAAGAACCGGCGAGCCAAGUGGCGGAAGCGCGAACGUAACCAGCAGCUGGACCUGUGCAAAGGCGGCUACGUGCCGCAGUUCAGCGGCUUGGUGCAGCCCUACGAGGACGUGUACGCCGCCGGCUACUCCUACAACAACUGGGCCGCCAAGAGCCUGGCGCCCGCGCCGCUCUCCACCAAGAGCUUCACCUUCUUCAACUCCAUGAGCCCGCUGUCGUCGCAGUCCAUGUUCUCGGCGCCCAGCUCCAUCUCCUCCAUGACCAUGCCGUCCAGCAUGGGCCCGGGCGCCGUGCCCGGCAUGCCCAACUCGGGCCUCAACAACAUCAACAACCUCACAGGCUCCUCGCUUAACUCGGCCAUGUCCCCGGGCGCCUGCCCGUACGGCACACCCGCCUCGCCCUACAGCGUCUACCGGGACACGUGCAACUCGAGCUUGGCCAGCCUGCGGCUCAAGUCCAAGCAGCACUCGUCGUUCGGCUACGGCGGCCUGCAGGGCCCGGCCUCGGGCCUCAACGCGUGCCAGUACAACAGCUGACCGCCCCGCCGCGCCGCGGGCCGGCGCCGAGGACGCACGCAGGGCCCCGGCCGGCCGCGCCCGGGCCUCGCGCCUGCGCAGCCCCUGCCGCCCGCCCCCCACCUCCACGGGGCUUUCGUGUUUGCUUUUCCGGACCCCACUCUGCCCUCCCAAAAGAGAAAAAAGAAAAAAAAAAAAAAAACGCAAAGCAAAGAGACGUCUGAGAAAAGUGCCGCGAAAAAAAAUGGAUGAGUUGCAAUUUCCCUCGGGAUGGCGCGGGUGGUGUGUGUUGGUUCCCACGGGCCCCGGAGGCCCACUCCGCGGAGGGGACGCGGCACAGCAGGCGAGCGCCGAGGCCCGGCGGCCCGGAGAGGACGCCCUCGUAGCCCGUGUCCCCUGCGCUGGACCCGGACUGAGCGGCCGCGCCUGCCAACUGGAUGUGCGGACCCUGGACGUACCUGGAGUCCCCCGGCCCGUACGAACCAAGACGCCCGCCCUCUCCGAGCUGGGCCCGGCCGAGCGCACCUUAGCUCGAUUCGGAUCCAAGUUGCAGAGGGCGUUGGGCCGGGGAUGACGGUGUCCAGGCCGGGAUCGGGAACUUGCCGUGGGACCGCGCGCCGCCUCGGCGGCCCGGAAGAGCCCUCACGGACCCCGCGCCCCGGAGCCGCAGCUGGUAGUGUGGACAAGGCGGGUGGAGGGGAAGGGCUCGUCUCAAAGCACCCCAGCCCCGAGCUUAGCCACAGGCCCAGGCCCUCUGAUCCGCUCCGGGCCAGGAGGUGGCCCCUGUCCCGACGAACAGUCCCCUCCUCCCUGCCCGCCGUGCAAGAGUCGAGCCCGGAGAGCGCGGGGCGCGCGCGCCCACUUUGCACACCCGCUCUCCGGCCCGCGCCCCUGUUUACAGCGUCCCUGUGUAUGUCGGACUGACUGUAUAGAAUUAUAAAUCUGUCUAUAUCGACU